AAGCUACGUAAUUUAUCUAAGUUACGCAUCCAACAGUAACAAGCGCAAUGAGAUUGAGACAGCUUCCGUUUACCGGUUCCAGAUCAAGCGCAAAAGCAACAGUCGUAUCUUAUUGAAGAAUAAGACUUUUGACGUGCGUGACCCAGACCUCUUGACAGGCGGACGUCGUUGUGUCUCCUGUCUAUUGAAGGGAUAAUACUUAAUUUUACGUAAGCUAUUUUUUACGCUGUGUUUCAACUGCAGUCUUCGUUCUGCGCUAGACUUUCCCCGUAUAUUUAUUUCCUGAAUAAACACGGCCUCCGCAACAAUACGCAUUCAUGCUGGUUAGAGUUUCCGUCAUGAGAACUGCAGCCGCUGGCUUCCCGUCUCUGUUGUAGAAUAAAAACGAAGAGGAAAAAAAGACUGGUGGUGCUAGCCAGUUAUUUUGUUGUCCUUUCCCCCCUCAGUUGGAAUUGUAUCGGGAUAGUUUUAUACGUCCGUUUUCUAUCUGUCAUAUGAAUAUAUAAAUUAAGCAAAACAUAUUUUUGACCUUUUUGAAGGCCCUUUAUCGGGGAAAAGGAUGUCGAAGCGGUUGCGGAACAGCGAGGUUUGCGCUGAUUGUAGCGUUCCAGAGCCUCGCUGGGCCUCGGUGAACAGGGGGGUGCUCGUCUGUGACGAGUGCUGCAGCGUCCACCGCAGCCUCGGGCGCCACAGCUCCCAGGUGCGCCACCUGACCCACACGCCCUGGCCUCCCACCCAGCUGCAGAUGGUGCAGACGCUGUACAACAACGGCGCCAACGCCAUAUGGGAGCACUCCCUGCUGGACCCCGCCUCCAUCAUGAGCGGCAAGAGGAAGGCCAACCCGCAGGACAAAGUGCACCCAAACAAGACGGAGUUCAUCAAGGCCAAAUAUCAGAUGCUGGCGUUCGUCCACCGGAUGCCCUGUCGGGACGACGACAGCCUGACGGCGAAGGACCUGAGCAAGCAACUCCACUCGAGCGUGCGGACGGGUAACCUAGAGACGUGUCUGAGGUUGCUGUCCCUGGGGGCCCAGGCCAACUUCUUCCACCCGGAGAAGGGGAACUCCCCCCUGCAUGUGGCCGCCAAGGCGGGCCAGGUGUCCCAGGCGGAGCUGCUCACUGUUUACGGGGCCGACCCGGGGGCCCCCGACUCCAGCGGCAAGACCCCCAUCGACUAUGCAAGGCAAGCCGGGCACCCCGACCUCGCCGACAGACUGGUGGAGAUUCAGUACGAGCUCACCGACAGGCUAGCAUUCUACCUGUGCGGGAGGAAGCCAGAUCAUAAAAGCGGACAACACUUCAUAAUCCCCCAGAUGGCCGACAGGAACAUCAGUCUGGAUUUAUCAGAACUGGCCAAAGCAGCGAAGAAAAAGCUCCAAUCUCUCAGCAACCACCUGUUUGAAGAGCUGGCGAUGGACGUGUACGACGAGGUGGACAGACGGGAGACCGACGCUGUAUGGCUAGCGACUCAGAACCACAGCACGCUGGUGACAGAAACGACAGUCGUGCCUUUCCUCCCUGUGAACCCUGAAUAUUCAUCGACAAGAAACCAGGGACGGCAGAAGCUUGCGCGGUUCAAUGCACACGAGUUUGCCACGCUCGUCAUCGAUAUUUUAAGUGACGCAAAGCGUCGGCAGCUGGGAAAUUCUGUUGCGAGCCCGAAAGAAAACGUGGAGCUAAUCCUGAAGGGCAUCAGCAGUCGCCAUGGAAGCGAAGGACAGGAGGUCGACCAGCCCGACUACGACAGCGUGGCGUCGGACGAAGACACAGAUCAAGAGCCGCCUUCUGGCAAAGGGGACCGGACCAAGAGCGUGGACUCGGACCAGUCGGACGGACCAAUCACGGCACAGGAGUUCCUGGAGGUGAAGAACGCCCUGAGCGCCUCGGAGGCCAAGAUCCAGCAGCUGAUGAAGGUCAACAGCAACCUGAGCGACGAGCUGCGAUUCAUGCAGAAAAAGCUGCACUCUCUGCAAAGCGAGAACUUCUCUCUGCGGCGUCAGGUCGCGGCCGGUAUGUGUCAGGCCCCCGGCGGGGCGGACUACCCCGACCCCUGCGGCCCCGCCCCCCUCAAGCGCCGGCCGUCCGGGCGGGGCAGCCGGCCCAUGUCAAUGUAUGAGACCGGCUCGGGCCUGAAGCCCUAUCUCCCCAAGGGAGAGGCCCCGUACCCCGAGGAGGGCACCCCCAGCCUGCAGCCCUUCCCGCCUCAUAUCGGGAGAGGGGCUUUUGUGACCACCUCUUCAUCCCUCCCCUCCUUCCCCACCACCCUGUCCUGGUCACGGGACGAGAGCACGCAAAGGGCGUCCAAACUGGAGAAGCAGAGCAGCAUGCCGGACAGCGACUAUGACAACACGACCAACGACGCUGAGCUGGACGAUUCGGGCCUGGGACGGAAGAGCAAGCUGAGGACCAGCGGCUGGCAGGGGGAGGGCUCCAUCCCGGAGCUGGACGACCUGGAGGUGGAGCCGGACCCCGCCCUGCCCAGCACGGAGGACGUCAUCCGGAAGACGGAGCAGAUCACCAAGAACAUCCAGGAGCUUCUGCGCGCGGCGCAGGAGAACAAGCACGAGAGCUUUAUACCGUGUUCAGAAAGAAUACAUGUUGCUGUGACGGAAAUGGCGGCCUUGUUUCCCAAGAAGCCGCGGUCGGAGACGGUGCGCGGCUCGCUGCGCUUGCUCACCUCCAGCGCGCACCGGCUGCAGGGGGAGUGUCGGAAGGCGGCCCCCCCGGACAGCAGCCCCGCCCCCGGCCCCGACAUGCAGCUGGUCACCCAGCAGGUCAUCCAGUGCGCCUACGACAUCGCCAAGGCCGCCAAGCAGCUGGUCACCAUCACCACCAAAGAGAACAACAACUGACCCGCCCGCGCGUGCCCGGCCAGGGAGGGCCCCUCCCCCUGACCCGAAGGCCUGACGUUUCCGCUCGGUCACCAGGGUAACCAGCCCUGUGUCUGGAGAUCCGCCAGCCUUUUCAGUUCAACCCUAAUGUGGCGCACCUGACUCAACAAAGAUCAGCCCCACAAAGAUCUCAAGCUGUUGAAUGAGGUGUGGGCUUUGUUAGGGUUGGAGUGAAAACCUACAGGACGGUAGAUCUCCAGGAACAGGGUUGGUUACCGCUGUGCUAGGUUUAACAUAUAUUUUAUUUUGCUUUAUUUUAUUUUUUUAAUAUGUAACAAUUGGAGACAUUAACAAUUUUCGUUGUCUUUUUUUUUUGUUUUCUAUUUUCUAUCAGUAUUAUUACUUAUUUGCAUGUUAUUUUUUUAUUUAAAAGAAAAUAAAAAAAAUUUAAAAAGGUAUAGCUGAACGCCAGGGUGCGAAGCCCACACUGCAGCAGUGUUACGUGCAGUUCACGCUCACGGAAAAGCAGAACUGUAAAGGGCAUUGGCGUUUGUUUUCGAAUGGAUACGCUUCCCCCUGCCCCCCCCCCCCCCCCCCUCCCCCGAGUACACAAAAGGACAGCAUGCUUGGCCACUUCGGACAGGACGGCAGGCAGAACAGCCUACAGAGGAGGACGCUUUGAAGACUUUUGAGGGGAAUUCUUUUUGGAGUGUCCUUCAAAUUCGGAUAGUGGGAAGCGGCAGCUCCUUUGGAGACCAGUCAUCUUAUAAUGGGAUCCUGCACAGCAUCGUUACCAGACCGUGCCCCGUCUUUUCCUCCUGCCACCCCCCCCCCCACCCCCUUAAAGCCAUAAGUAGUGUUAUAUCUCAAGUGCUAAUAUACCUCAUGCUUUUUACAGUAUUGUUCAUGUCACCCCUGCACAACAUUGACAAAACAACAAAAAAAAAAACU